AUGGCUGCAGCAUGGUUUGCUAUUGCACUAUUACUGUCCUGCGGGAGUUGUGUUCCUGUGUCAGACCACGAGAGAAGACAAGAUGCUGGAUUUGACUACGUUAUUGUGGGUGGAGGCACAGCAGGCCUUACACUCGCAGCAAGGCUUUCGGAAGACCCGUCCACCUCAGUGGCUGUCAUUGAGGCCGGCACUUACUACUCGAUCUCAGACCCAUUGAUAGCAUCGACGCCAGCAGGUGACACGCUUUUUGCCGGCAGUUCUCCGACGGAUACGAACCCGCUGGUAGACUGGGACUUCGUCACUACACCUCAAACAGGCGCAAAUAACCGACCCAUGCGCUAUCCGCGUGGAAAAUGCCUGGGAGGCAGCUCAGCGCUGAACUUCAUGAUCUAUCAGCGCCCAGACACUGGCUCGAUGCAGCUCUGGGCUGACACGGUCGGAGACCAGAGUUACACUUUCGAGAACAUGCUACCAUACUAUAAGAAGAGCGUUCAAUUCACGCCACCUAACACGGAUAAGAGAGCAUCGAACGCGACAACGCAGUACGAUGCCACAGCCUUCGACACGGCUGGUGGGCCUCUGCGAGUGUCGUAUGCUAAUUACGCACAACCAUUCUCUAGCUAUAUCCAGCCUGCAAUGGAAGAAAUUGGAGUGGCCCAGGCCAAGGACUUCAACAGCGGGACCCUCAUGGGCUCGCAAUACUGCAGCUCGACGAUCAAUCCGGACAACGAGAAUCGGGACUCUUCCCAGACCUCAUUCCUCAGUGCAGCAGAGUCGCGGCCGAAUUUGAAGGUCUACCAGGUCACCAAGGCGAGCAAAGUCCUAUUCGAUGGGAGCAAGGCUGCUACAGGCGUGCUGCUCGAUUCAGGCACGACGCUUUCGGCGAACAAAGAGGUCAUCAUCUCAGCUGGCGCAUUUCAGACUCCCCAGCUUCUGAUGCUGUCAGGAAUUGGACCUGCCGAGACGCUUCAGAAGUUUGACAUACCCGUCAUUGCUGACCGUCCCGGGGUGGGACAAAACUUGACGGACCACAUCUUCUUCGGGCCAUCAUACCGUGUCAACGUACAGACGCUCACGUAUCUGGCCAACAACCUCUUGUAUGUUGGAGCGCAGUACGCGACGGCCUUUCUCCCUUUCAACGAGGGCCCUCUAACGAAUCCGGUCUGUGAUUUCCUCGGCUGGGAAAAAGCACCGCGAGACGGGAUCACCCCGAGCGCAGCAGCAGCGCUGGACAAGCUGCCCGACACCUGGCCCGACAUCGAGUACCUCGGGGCUCCAGGCUACGUUGGAGCCUUCACCAACCUCUUCACGACCCAGCCCGACGACGGGUACCAGUACGCCACCAUCCUCGCAGCCCUGGUGGCGCCGCAGUCCCGCGGCACGGUCACCAUCUCAUCAAACAACGUGGCCGAUAAGCCCAUCGUGGACCCGCGCUGGCUCACCGACCCGAUAGACGAGUCCGUCGCGGUGGCAUCAUACAAGCGCCUGAGGCAGGCCUUCGCCUCGGAAGCGAUGCGGCCCGUCCUCGCUGACCCGAACGAGUACUUCCCGGGGCCGGCGGUGCAGAGUGACGAGCAGAUACUGAACACGGUACGCGACACGCUCAUGACGGUGUACCAUGCCAGCUGCACGGCGCGCAUGGGUACCGUCGACGACCCCACGGCUGUGGUGGACACUGGCGCCAGGGUCAUCGGUGUGCAGCGGCUGAGGGUGGUGGAUGCGAGCAGCUUUGCUCUGUUGCCGCCGGGGCAUCCUCAGAGUACUGUCUAUGCUUUUGCAGAGAAGAUUGCGGAUGAAAUCAAGGCUGGGAAGUAG